GUUGUCACAGCAACAACAUACACACCCGUGCCAUGCCUCGAACUAUCGCAGGAUACACGGCGCUUCCGUUCCCUGGCGCAUUUGCCAGCUACUUGUAUGUGAAGAAGCACAUCACCAAGUCGGAAGGCACUGAAGAGACCGAACUGGCAGCGGACCGAACGGCGUAUGUUGUAAACCUGCCCCUCUUUGCGACGGCCGAGCAGGUGAAGGAGCUCUUCAACGAAGUCGGGGCCGUGCAGUCUGUUGUGAUGGGCAAAGCCAGUGACGGCACCGUUGCGUCCAGUGCUCACGUUGUGUUCAAGUCGAAAGCGACUUUGAAGCAGUUGCUGAAACGAUCGGUACUGCCUGCGUUCCCUGGUUCCGACGUUGUCCACGACGCAUUUGAAGCCGCCAUCCAGAAGUACAAAGCAGAUCGUCCUGGCCUAAAUGUCCUCAAAGCACGCGCGGAUGAGUUCAUGGCGAACUUCGAUGCUGAAGAAGCUGCGGAGCGGCAAGAGCGAGAGCAACUCAAGACUCGUGUGGAUGCGGAUGGAUUCCAAACCGUCGUCAACACAAAGCGAAAGCGAGUCGACCAAGAAGACCUCUUGACCUACCGAAAGAAACAAAAGUCCAAGGAGUUACAGGACUUUUACCGGUUCCAGCUCCGCGAAAAGAAGCGCGGCCAGCUCAAAACGCUGCGGGAACGUUUCGACGAAGAUCGGCAAAUGGUGGAAAAAAUGAAAAAGGAGCGCAAAUUCCGGCCCGAAACUGGCACAGAUUAAGCCAUCGUCGAUUGCUAAUUCACAUUAUUCGCUUUGUAUAUGA